AUGAAUAGGUGAGGAGAACAGCUAAUAAGAUAUGUAUGGUAAUAGUAGACUGUAAAGUUUUCCAGAGCGAGCACAGUGUCUAUGUGGCAGUGUGGCUUUGGUAGUCUAGUCCUCAAACAGCGUUUGGGGCUGGGGAGAGUUUAUGGAGGAAGGAAGAGCAGGGAACAUUUGAUAGAAUAAACUAAACUAUAAGGAAUUUUGUUACACAACUCAACAUAUUUAUUCUGUUGCAUGGGUUCAGACUUAAGAUAAAUAUUGUGUUUAUGAGCGUUAUGUUUUUGUACAGUAUUUUAUUUCACUAUUGCACAAUAUUAUCUGGGGAGCUGGCAUCUCCUUUGGCCUUUUAUGAUUUUUCCAUGUCGCUUCUUUGGUCCUCAGAUUGGGGAAAGCGGUGGUGACCUCAAGAUCACGGUGGGUGUUAUUGCCGCCAUUUUCCCUCUCACUAUCAAAUCAAAUCACAUUAGCCGAAUACAACAGGUGUAGACCUUACCUUGAAAUGCUUACUUACAAGCCCUUAACCAACAAUGCAGUUCAAGAUAUAGAGUUAAGAAAAUAUUUACUAAAUAAACUAAAGUAAAAAAUAAAAUAAAAUGUAACACAAUAAAAUAGCAAUAACGAGGCUAUAUACAGGGGGUACCGGUACCAAGUCAAUGUGCGGGGGUACAGGUUAUUCAAGGUAAUUUGUACAUGUAGGUAGGGGUAAAGUGACUAUGCAUGGAUAAUAAACAGCGAGUAGCAGCAGUGUAAAAACAAAGGGGGGGGAGGUUGUGUCAAUGUAAAUAGUCCGGGUGGCCAUUUGAUUAAUUGUUCAGCAGGCUUAUGGCUUGGGGGUAUAAGCUGUUAAGGAGCCUUUUGAACCUAGACUUGGUGCUCCGGUACUGCUUGCCGUGUGGUAGCAGAGAAAACAGUCUACGACUUGGGUGACUGGAGUCUUUGACAAUUUUUUGGGCCUUCCUCUGACACCACCUAGUUUAUAGGUCCUGGAUGGCAGGAAGCUUGGCCCCAGUGAUGUACUGGGCCGUACGCACUACCCUCUGUAGCACCUUAUGGUCGGAUGCCGAGCAGUUGCCAUACCAGGCGGUGAUGCAACCGGUCAGGAUGCUCUCGAUGGUGCAACUGUAAAACUUUUUGAGGAUCUGGGGACCCAUGCCAAAUCUUUUCAGUCUCCUGAGGGGGGAAAAGGUGUUGUCGUGCCCUCUUCACGACUAUCUUGGUGUGUUUGGACCAUGAUAGUUUGUUAGUGAUGUGGACACCAAGGAACUUGAAGCUCUCAACCCGCUCUACUACAGCCCCGUCGAUGUGAAUGGGGGCGUGUUCGGUCCACGAUCAGCUCCUUUGUCUUGCUCACGUUGAGGGAGAGGUUGUUGUCCUGGCACCACACUGCCAGGUCUCUGAUCUUCUCCCUAUAGGCUGUCUCAUUGUUGCCUACCACUGUUGUGUCGUCAGCAAACCUAAUGAUGGUGUUGGAGUCGUGCCUGGCCAUGCAGUCGUGGGAGAACGGAGUACAGGAGGGGACUAAGCACGCACCCCUGAGGGGCCCCCGUGUUGAGGAUCAGCGUGGCAGAUGUGUUGUUGCCUACCCUUACCACCUGGGGGCGGCCCGUCAGGAAGUCCAGGAUCCAGUUGCAGUGGGAGGUGUUUAGUCCUAGGGUCCUUAUCUUAGUGAUGAGCUUUGUUGGCACUAUGGUGUUGAACGCUGAGCUGUAGUCAAUGAACAGCAUUCUCACAUAGGUGUUCCUUUUGUCCAGGUGGGAAAUGGCAGUGUGGAGUGCGAUUUGAGAUUGUGUCAUCUGUGGAUCUGUUGGGGCAGUAUGCGAAUUGGAGUGGGUCUAGGGUUUCCGGGAUGAUGGUGUUGAUGUGAGCCAUGACCAGCCUUUCAAAGCAUUUCAUGGCUACCGACGUGAGUGCUACGGGGCGGUAGUCAUUUUGGCAGGUUACCUUCGCUUUCUUGGGCACAGGGACUAUGGUGGUCUGCUUGAAACAUGUAGGUAUUACAGACUUGGUCAGGGAGAGGUUGAAAAUGUCAGUGAAGACACUUGCCAGUUGGUCAGCGCAUGCUCUGAGUACACGUCCUGGCAAUCCAUCUGGCCCCAUGGCCUUGUGAAUGUUGACCUGUUUAAAGGUCUCGCUCACAUCGGCUACGGAGAGCGUGAUCACACAGUCGUCCGGAACAGCUGGUGCUCUUAUGCAUGCUUCAGUUUUGCUUGCCUCGAAGCGAGCAUAAAAGGCAUUUAGCUCGUCUGGUAGGCUCGCGUCACUGGGCAGCUCUCGGCUGGGUUUCCCUUUGUAGUCCGUGAUAGUUUGCAAGCCCUGCCAUAUCAGACGAGUGUCUGAGCCGGUGUAGUAGGAUUCAAUCUUAGUCCUGUAUUGACGCUUUGCCUGUUUGAUGGUUAAUCUAAGGGCAUAGCGGGAUUUCUUAUAAGCGUCCGGAUUAGUGUCCCGCUCCUUAAAAGCGGCAGCUCUAGCCUUUAGCUCGGUGCGGAUGUUGCCUUUAAUCCAUGGCUUCUGGUUGGGAUAUGUACGUACGGUCACUGUGGGGAUGACGUUGUCGAUGCAUUUAUUGACGAAGCCGGUGACUAAGGUGGUAUACUCCUCAAUGCCAUUGGAUGAAACCCGGAACCUAUUCCAGUCUGUGCUAGCAAAACAGUCCUGUAGGGUAGCAUCCAUGUCAUCUGAGCACUUCCAUGUCUUCCAUCAUUCAACUUUCCAUAUCGUACCACAAUAUCUCGGAAAAUAAUAAUCUGAUACAUUUCUCUUCUCAGGGACUGAUUCAGCCAAACUUGUCUUAGCAAUGUCUAAUGUACCUGUAUAUUACAGUGCCUUAAAUCAUUCUGAUGUAUUAUUUGGCUUUGGGAAUAAGGCAACACUUGAAUGCUAUAGCAUAAAUAUAGCAAUGCAGGUUGUGCGAAUCGAACUGAUCCCUCAGUUUUAUCAUACUCUAUGGGAAUCUGUGGUUAAGGAAUCAUAUUAAAGCCGUUCCUCUCGUCCCCCAUCAGGAAACUGAAUGGUAAUGUGCAGCUGCAGGUGGACGUGUUCCACGCGUGUCAUGUGAUCCAGUAUGAGAGGAAGCUGUUGUCGCUGGAGGCGCGGAGGCGGAGGCAGCGCCACCUGGCAGAGCACUCCGCCAUGGCGAGGAAGAGAGCAGGUAGGCCUCAGGGAGUCUGUCCUCCUCCAGCUGACACAGCAUAGCAACACUUUCAGUCUAGUCUCAGACCCAGACCACGGCCUGUCUGGCCAAGCCAAGGGGGAGACAAUCAGACGCGUUCAUUCCUUUACUUUCGAUGAAGAACUCCCAACUGCCAGAAUGAAUUUGGCCAAAUAUGACAGUGAGAGUUUAUAUAACAACUACCAUAAGACGUUCUCUUUGCAAAGUGUUGAAGUGUGUCUGCAUUUGAUCGAGUAAUGACACAAUGAUGUAAUUGACAUUGUGAUGUUUGACUUUUUUUCUGUAAUGCUUUGUACUUAAGCGAGGGGUCGCAAGGCCUCCCCUACUGGGAUCAGUGACGAGGAGGAUGUUGAGGAGGGGGAAGAGAGGGUUCAGGAGGAAGAGGAGAAGGAGAAGAAAGCCCUGGGUUCGUUAGUGGUGCAAACUGACAGUGUGCCCACCUCACUGGAGCGGUUCCACAAUGAGGCCAUGUCCUCAGCAGAACCGGCCCGACGCACCACCGCCAUUACCAAGCCCAAAGUCAACCUGCUCCACAUCCUCCAGCAGGGCUGGGACCUCAGGUCAGUGCACACCACAGGCUUCUGCACCUGUUGGCAGCCCUCUCUGAAUUCUCCUCCCUCCCCUUUCAUCCAUCCCACCACCCCUCUCUUUGCUUCUCUCAGCAGCAGAAGGAGAAAUAUGAGGCUCCCAGAGCACGGGCCAAAAAAGCUCAGGAGAAAAUCUGGGCCUCUUUUCAUACCCCGGCAUGUUUUGAUCAGUCUCUUCCAUGUGUACCUAAUUCACAACGUAGAGAAAACAUUGAGGAAACAAAUCCUGUGUGUCAACCUUGAAUUCAAUGUAGAGACACUGCCUGUGAUUGGACUGUUAAUUGUAGGAGUCAGACUGUCCUUUCUUUGUUUUAAUUUGGAAGGACCUGGAAGGACUUGAAAGGCUCCACACCAUUUUUCAUUCUGCAAUACCCGUGCAAAAAUAUUUAGACCUAUUUUUGAUUUUACAAUUACAUUAAUGAAUAUCACAUACUUCUGUCUAAACGGCAACAAAGGCUCCAGUCUCCUAUAGAUUUUUUAAGUGUCUGAAAUUGUAAUUUGAGGGGGAAUUACAAUAACAAGUCUACGUUUGUAGAAAUUCCUCUGAGCUUGCCAGGACCGUGAAGGGACCUGGGAAAUUAUAGUACAGUAUAUCAUUGUUUGUGUUUGACAGCUUUUUCCAAAACAUUUUUCCACUACAUUGUACUAGCAGUACCCUUUUCAGGUUCAUUCGGGCCAUGAAAACAAUUAUUCACUCUCGGUGCUGGCCGAGAGGGCAAGUCACACUGUGCUCCAACACUGGCUGAAAAUGAUACCUGUAUUUGUUUUGUCUCUUGCAUAAUGCCUAAGAUAACAAACAGAAUAUGCGUCAGUGCUUGUGCUUGCUGUUGUAACACAUGUAUCUAAGAUGCCUGAAAGGCAGUAAACCUUUGUUCCCAUUUCAAUUGUCUGGAGACCGGGUGGAGAUUAUUCAUAAUUUACUGUCAGGGAAUGACAAAGAUUGGAGAUAUGAUCUGUGUUGCGGUGUGUGUGUGUGUGUGUGUGUGUGUGUGUGUGUGUGUGUGUGCAAUUCCUCUCUUUACUUUCAUUCUCUCCAUCCCAUUUGUCUUUUUUAACCGUGCUUAUCUUUGCAAUUUUUUUAUCUUUACAAAAUGUUUUUUCCUCUUCCUGUCUCUGCCAUAUUUUACUCUCUUCCUCCUUAGUUUCCUCUCCUCAGCCUCUCAUGUCCUCCUAAAUCAAGCCUCGCUCUCCCCCUGUUCUGCAGUAAAGUCCAGGCUCGGAUGGCCUUCUCCUCCUAUCUCCACCGGGUGCAGAUGAGGCUACUCGCAGAGAGCAGGACUAACGCUAACUCAGCCUGGCCAGAGAAGGACAAUGAGCAAAUGGUAAUGCAACUGUCUGAUCCAGUGCCCCCGGGGAAUGAUUGUAUAGAAAAGAAAACCUGGACCCUUGUGUUAUGUUUAUCUGCAUUUGAUUUUCUCUUUGAUUCGUUGUUACUCAUCGGAGCCACGUCGUAACUGUCUUUUAAUGUGCUGAGGCAUUUGUGGCCACGUAGAGAGGAAAAUGGUGUGAGUACGAGUAUGUGACCGCGUCAAAAUUGGUUUUAUCGGAAAGCCUCUGGAGAAAAUAAACGUGAACAUGUGUCCAUCAUGAAAAGUCCAUCAAACAUUUUUCUUUAAAGUGUUUUUUUGUUGAAAUACAUGAAAUAAUAACACAACGUAAAGGUGAGUGUUGUAAUGAUGACGCAGUGCAGUGACAGCAGGUCUUCUCAUCUCCAGGAGCUGGUGAUCCGCUUUCUGAAGCGUGCGGCCAGUAACCUUCAGCAGGACAUGAGGAUGGUCCUGCCCAGUCGCCAGCUCCCCCUCCAGGACCGCCGACGCAUCCUGUCCCACCAACUAGGAGAGUUCAUCCACUGCUACAACAAGGUGUCCACUGCCAGCCACACAGCAAGAGACUCUUCAGCAUCUAGUGUCCACUACUGUUGUAGGACCUGUUUAUAGUUAUUACACUAGUCAGGGAGUCUCCAUUUAUUUUCAUUAUUAGUUGACUUUUUCUUUUGUGUUCUUAUCCAAAUAGAAAUGUUUGUUUCAGUUGAAGGUGUUCAUUUUAUGAGGAAGCAACACAUGACUGUUAAUACUGACUUGCUCAGACAGGCCAGUGUACUUGGUCUCUGACUGGUCUCUUUCCUCAUAGGAGACAGAGCAUAUGGUGAAGAAACUGGAGAAGAUCAAAGAUGAAGAACAUUGUAUCAACCCCAGUGUGUUUCAGGAGUUUAUAGCUGAGGCAAGGUUAGUGAGCUGGCACCUAGUCUCUCUACUACUGAAUAGUACGUAUGCUCCUGACUGUUUCACUUACUUCUGCUACUUAACACUGGUUUUACUCUAGGUAUCAUGGAGAAUGUUCACACUGCUCUCUUCUCUUACAGUGAAGGUGAUCUGGAGGAGGUCCUGACAUUCUACACACACAAAAACAAAUCAGCCAGUGUCUUUUUGGGAACGAAAUGUCGGAGCACUAAACCUGACAAUAGCAACAGCCAAUGUUCAGGAGAGCCAGCUACCACAGAGAACCAUAAAAGUGAGUAGAAAUUGUCAGACGAAUACCAUCUGGUCAGUAAGGACCUUUGUAUUCCAGUGUGCCACAGAUUCCACAUAUUUCUACAAUUAUUUUGACAUUUUAUUUAAUCCUUUGUUGACAAAUCCUUUAUAAUGUAUUUGGGAAUUUUGCUGUUUUGAUUUUGAAAAGCCACAUUAAGGAAAAGAAGGCUGAGUCAUACAAAGUCAAGUACAGGUCAGCUUCUAAUGAUUUAACCCUCAUGUGUGUCAGAGCCAUGGAAUGGCCAGCUGGAUGAUAACAGGGAUCUGGCUUAUUUUGUGCUCUGAACAGCUUUGCCUGUGGCCAAAGAGGGCUCCAGCGCCUCAGCCUCUGAGUCCUCACUGUCUGAAGUCAGAAAGAGCACAGACCAGGCCAGUGUAGUCCAACCCACUGCUGACCAACCCACUGAAGAGCAACCGGCUGCAGCCCUCAGAAGUAGUAAACAACCUGAGGUUCAGGCCUCCCAGCACUCCUCCAGCUUUCCAGCUGCCUUAGACUGUGGCCACAUCCACCUGCAGCACUACUCUCACCCCCAGAACCCACCCCAGUCUCUGCCCCUGCACUGCCCCCCACCACCGCCCCCAUCUCAGCCCCCAUCCUACGCCCAGUCCCAGUCUCGCCUCCACUGCCCUCGCCAGCCAGAGCCCCCUCCACAGCCCCAGGCCUCUGUGUUCUCCUCAGCCUCCAGCCUUGUCCCCCAGCCCCCUCGGGUAAUAUGGGCGGCUGCCCGCCCUGGUGCCACCACAGUCUCAGCCCCACCGGUCUCCCAGGUCCUGAGGCAGGUCCAGUCCUUUACCUCCACCUCCUCCUCCUCCGCGGCUGCAGCCUCGUCCUCCAUGCCUGGCGCCAUCCACAUCCACAGCCAGAAGCUCCCCAGGCCCAGCUCUGCAGGUCAAGGUAAACCCUUGAUAGAUAACAUCCAUGAUAGAUGUUUGGUGUGUUCUCAGCUCCCAGUCUUUCUAUGGCCUAAGACAGGGGUCUUCAACCUUUUCUUGCCCAGGGACCCCCUCCCAGGCAAACCGGCGACCCAUGGACCCCCAUCAUACGUUAGCAAAAAACAAUAAUUCCUUUAUCAGGUGAAUGAUAAUGGCAAGGAGAAGUAAUCAACUUUUUAAAAUGAAUGGAUUUGGUCGGUAGUUUUUCAUUAUUUUGACCUCCCCACAUUAUAAUUGGAAGUGUAAACUCUAACAUAGCCUAUUAGCUAGAAAAGUAACUCCAAACAUAUUUUCGCUAAGAGUAGCUGGUUAUGCAAAGGUUAGCCAUGUGUUGGCAAAAAUGUACAGUACCAGUCAAAAGUUUGGACACACCUACUCAUUCAAGUUUGAUUUUAUUUUAUUUUUUUACUAUUUUUUACAUUGUAGAAUAAUAGUGAAGACAUCAAAACUAUGAAAUAACACAUAUGGAAUCAUGUAGUAACUAAAAGUGUUAAACAAAUCAAAAUAUAUUUUAUAUUUGAGAUUCUUCAAAUAGCCACACUUUGCACACUCUUGGCAUUCUCUCAACCAGCUUCACCUGGAAUGCUUUUCCAACAGUCUUGAAGGAGUUCCCACAUAUGCUGAGCACUUGUUGGCUGCUUUUCCUUCACUCUGCCGUCCGACUCAUCCCAAACCAUCUCAAUUGGGUUGAGGUCAGAGGAUUGUGGAGGCCAGGUCAUCUGAUGCAGCACUCCAUCACUCUCCUUGUUGGUAAAAUAGCCCUUACACAGCCUGGAGGUGUGUUGUGGUCCUCUGUAGCUCAACUGGUAGAGCACGGCGCUUGUAACGCCAAGGUAGUGGGUUCGAUCCCCGGGACCACCCAUACACAAACAUGUAUGCACGCAUGACUGUAAGUCGCUUUGGAUAAAAGCGUCUGCUAAAUGGCAUAUUAUUUGGGUCAUUGUCCUGUUGAAAAACAAAUGAUAGUCCCACUAAGCCCAAACCAGAUGGGAUGGCGUAUCGCUGCAGAAUGCUGUAAAUAUAUCACAGACAGUGUAACCAGCAAAGCACCCCCACACCAUAACACCACCUCCUCCAUGUUUUACGGUGGGAACUAAACAUGCAGAGAUCAUCCGUUCACCCACACCGCGUCUCACAAAGACACAGCGGUUUGAACCAAAAAUCUCCAAUUUGGACACAAGACCAAAGGACACAUUUCCACUUGUCUAAUGUCCAUUGCUCGUGUUUCUUGGCCCAAGCAGGUCUCUUCUUCUUAUUCGUGUCCUUUAGUAUCAAAUCAAAUUUUAUUGGCCACAUGCGCCGAAUACAACAGGUGUAGACAUUACAGUGAAAUGCUUACUUACAGCCCUUAACCAACAAUGCAUUUAUUUUUUAAAAAAAUAAAUAAACAACAACAAAAUGUUGAGCAAAGUAAAUAAAAUACGGUAUAUUACCGGGGGUACCGGUCAGAGCAAUGUGGGGGCACCGCUAUGGGUAUCGUGGGGAAAAAAAUUGUAGAUUGGAAGUUCUCCCUAAAAAGAGGGUGUAAUUUCAUCAAGUACACUCUAUGACAGACAUUGAAAAUAAAUUCCAGAAAUCACUUGAAAUUUAAUGAAUUUAUUUGCUUAUGGUGGAAAAUAAUUUGCACCUCAACAAGCAAGAUUUCUGGCUCUCACAGACCUAUAACUUCUUCUUUAAGAGGCUCCUCUGUCCUCCACUCGUUACCUGUAUUAAUGGCACCUGUUUGAACUUGUUAUCAGUAUAAAAGACACCUGUCCACAACCUCAAACAGUCACACUCCAAACUCCACUAUGGCCAAGACCAAAGAGCUGUCAAAGGACACCAGAAACAAAAUUGUAGACCUGCACCAGGCUGGGAAGGCUGAAUCUGCAAUAGGUAAGCAGCUUGGUUUGAAGAAAUCAACUGUGGGAGCAAUUAUUAGGAAAUGGAAGACAUACAAGACCACUGAUAAUCUCCCUCGAUCUGGGGCUCCACGCAAGAUCUCACCCCGUGGGUCAAAAGGAUCACAAGAACGGUGAGCAAAAAUCCCAGAACCACACGGGGGGACCUAGUGAAUGACCUGCAGAGAGCUGGGACCAAAGUAACAAAGCCUACCAUCAGUAACACACUACGCCGCCAGGGACUCAAAUCCUGCUGUGCCAGACGUGUCCCCCUGCUUAAGCCAGUACAUGUCCAGGCCCAUCUGAAGUUUGCUAGAGUGCAUUUGGAUGAUCCAGAAGAGUAUUGGGAGAAUGUCAUAUGGUCAGAUGAAACGAAAAUAUAACUUUUUGGUAAAAACUCAACUCGUCGUGUUUGGAGGACAAAGAAUGCUGAGUUGCAUCCAAAGAACACCAUACUUACUGUGAAGCAUGGGGGUGAAAACAUCAUGCUUUGGGGCUGUUUUUCUGCAAAGGGACCAUGACGACUGAUCCGUGUAAAGGAAAGAAUGAAUGGGGCCAUGUAUCGUGAGAUUUUGAGUGAAAACCUCCUUCCAUCAGCAAGGGCAUUGAAGAUGAAACGUGGCUGGGUCUUUCAGCAUGACAAUGAUCCCAAACACACCGCCCGGGCAACGAAGGAGUGGCUUCGUAAGAAGCAUUUCAAGGUCCUGGAGUGGCCUAACCAGUCUCCAGAUCUCAACCCCAUAGAAAAUCUUUGGAGGGAGUUGAAAGUCUGUGUUGCCCAGCGAUAGCCCCAAAACAUCACUGCUCUAGAGGAGAUCUGCAUGGAGGAAUGGGCCAAAAUACCAGCAACAGUGUGUGAAAACCUUGUGAAGACUUACAGAAAACGUUUGACCUGUGUCAUUGCCAACAAAGGGUAUAUAACAAAGUAUUGAGAAACUUUUGUUAUUGACCAAAUACUUAUUUUCCACCAUAAUUUGCAAAUAAAUUCAUAAAAAAUCCUACAAUGUGAUUUUCUGGAUUUCUUUUUCUCAUUUUGUCUGUCAUAGUUGACGUGUACCUAUGAUGAAAAUUACAGGCCUCUCUCAUCUUUUUAAGUGGGAGAACUUGCACAAUUGGUGGCUGACUAAAUACUUUUUUUCCCCACUGUAUGUACAUGUGGGUAGAGUUAAAGUGACUAUGCAUAAAUAAUUAACAGAGUAGCAGCAGUGUAAAAAGAUGGGGUGGGGGGGCAGUGCAAAUAGUCUGGGUAGCCAUGAUUAGCUCUUCAGGAGUCUUAUGGCUUGGGGGUAGAAGCUGUUGAGAAGUCUUUUAGACCUAGACUUGGCACUCCGGUACCGCUUGCCGUGCGGUAGCAGAGAGAACAGUCUACGACUAGGGUGGCUGGAGUCUUUGACAAUUUUGAGGGCCUUCCUCUGACACCGCCUGGUAUAGAGGUCCUGGAUGGCAGGAAGCUUGGCCCCAGUGAUGUACUGGGCCGUACGCACUACCCUCUGUAGUGCCUUGCGGUCGGAGGCCGAGCAGUUGCCAUACCAAGCGGUGAUGCAACCAGUCAAUAUGCUCUCAAUGGUGCAGCUGUAUAACAUUUUGAGAAUCUGAGGACCCAUGCCAAAUCUUUUCAGUCUCCUGAGGGGGGAUAUGCUUUGUUGUGCCCUCUUCACGACUGUCUCUGUGUGUUUGGACCAUGAUAGUUCGUUGGUGAUGUGGACACCAAGGAACUUGAAGCUCUCAACCUGCUCCACUACAGCCCCGUCGAUGAGAAUGGGCGUGCUCAUUUUUUUUUCCUGUGUCCCAUCAUCUCCUUGUCUGUCAGUGAGGGAAGUUGUUAUCCUGCACCACACAGGUCCUCCCUAUAGCUGUCUCAUCGUGUGUGAUCGACACUGUGUCGUCGGAAACUUUGAUGGUGUUGAGUCGUCCUGGCAUGCAUCAUGGUGAACAGGAUACAGAGGGACUGCGCACGCACCCAUAUCAGUGUGGCGAGUGUUAUCUUACCACUGGGGCGGGGAUCCAGUUGCAGAGGGAGGUGUUUAGUCCCAGAUCCUUAGCUUAGUGAUGAGCUUUGAGGGCACUAUGGUGUUGAAUGCUGAGCUGUAGUCAAUGAAUAGCAUUCUCACAUAGGUGUUCCUCUUGUCCAGGUGGGAAAGGGCAGUGUGGAGUGCAAUAGAGAUUGCAUCAUCUGUGGAUCUGUUGGGGAGGUAUGCAAAUUGGAAUGGGUCUAGGGUUGGUAGUCAUUUAGGCAGGUUAUCUUAGUGUCCUUUGGCACGGGGACUAUGGUGGUCUGCUUGAAACAUGUUGGUAUUACAGACUCAGUCAGGGACAUGUUGAAAAUGUCAGUGAAGACACUUGCCAGUUGGUCAGCACAUGCUCGGAGUACACGUCCUGGUAAUCCGUCUGGCCCUGCGGCCUUGUGAAUGUUGACCUGCUUAAAAGUCUUACUCACAUUGGCUACGGAGAGCGUGAUCACAUAGUCAUCCGGAACAGCUGGUGCUCUCAUGCAUGCUUCAGUGUUGCUUGCCUCGAAGCGAGCAUAGAAGUAGCUCGUCUGGAAGUCUUGUGUCACUGGGCAGCUCGCGCCUGUGCUUCCCUUUGUAGUCUGUAAUAGUUUUCAAGCCCUGCCACAGGUGUGGUUUCUUUGCAGCAAUUCGACCAUGAAGGCCUGAUUCACACAGUCCCCUCUGAACAGUUGAUUUUGAGAUGUGUAUGUUACUUGAACUCUGUUAAGCAUUUAUUUGGGGUGCAAUUUCUGAGGCUGGUAACUCUAAUGAAUGUAUCAUCUGCAGAAGAGGUAACUCUGGGUCUUCCAUUCCUGUGGCGUUCCUCAUGAGAGCCAGUUUCAUCAUAGCGCUUGAUGGUUUUUUCGACUGCACUUGAAGAAACUUUCAAAGUUUUGAAAUGUUCCGUAUUCACUGACCUUCAUGUCUUAAAGUAAUGAUGGACUGUCGUUUUUCUUUGUUUAUUUGAGCUGUUCUUGCCAUAAUAUGGACUUGGUAUUUUACCAAAUAGGGCUAUCUUCUGUAUACCCCCCUACCUUGUCACAACACAACUGAUUGCUCAAACGCAUUAAGAAGGAAAGAAAUUCCACAAAUUAACUUUUAACAAUGCACACCUGUUAAUUGAAAUGCAUUCCAGGUCACUACCUCAUGAAGCUGGUUGAGAGAAUGCAAAGAGUGUGCAAAGCUGUCAAGGCAAAGAGUGGCUAUUUGAAGAAUCUCAAAUAUAAAAUAUAUUUUGAUUUGUUUAACACAUUUUUUGGUUACUACAUGAUUCCAUAUGUGUUAUUUCAAAGUUUUGAUAUCUUCACUACUAUUAUACAAUGUAAAAAAAUAUAAAAAAAUAAAGAAAAACCCUUGAAUGAGUAGGUGUGUCCAAACUUUUGACUGGUAGUGUAUGUCUAAAUCAAGAAAGCUUACCAGCAGACUUUUCACUGGUGCUUUUUCAAAGCCUAUGUCAGAUACUCCAAUGAAUGUAAUUGGCUCAAUAUUAGCAGUUGAGAAAUAAAGUUGACAUCAUUGGAAAGAAGAUAUUCUCCUCUUUUCUACUGUAUGUAUGUAAUUCAUUUUAUAUAUAUAUUUAUUUUCCGGCGUAACUCGUGCAGUACCUCCGCGGACCCCUACACCCCGUCAUUAAUUACAUGUUUCUCUCUGCUUCAGCAAUCAGAAGGACUGCCUCCAGCCGGCCCAGACCAGAUCCAAAUGGGGUUUUUAAGGACCUGGACUCCCUGCCUGCUCAGGCGCAGUCCAACCAGCAGGCCAUAGUCUCAGCCCUGCAGAAACUGGCAGAGAAGCAGGCUGCCCGCCAGUACAACAGCUCCAGCCACAUCAGUCUCCUAACGCAACACGUGAGUCUCCUGUCACCCUACCCAACCCCUCUACCUUCGUUCCUGCUCAACAACUAG